AGCGGCGGCGGCUGCCGGGAAGGGACCGGGGCGGCACCGGGAGCGGCCGGGAGAGCGACACGGUCCGGACCGGGACACGCUGCGAGCGGCACCGGCACCCGCACGGAGCCCGGGACUGCCCGGAACCACCCGGAACCGCCGGCGGGGAGAACCGGGAGCGAGCGGGAGCCAGCGGGACAGACCGAGACCCACCGGACGCAGCAGAACCCCCCGGUCCCCGUGUCGCCGAUGCUGUCACCCCCCAUUCGCCGGCUCCUGGCCCUGCUGGGCCCCGAGCGCGGCCGAUGGACGCUGGUGGGGGGGCUGAUGUCGGCCUCGGCUCUCGGUGAGGUGGCCGCCCCCUACUUCACGGGCCGUGUCACCGACCGGGUGGCACACGAGGAGGAGGAGCCGGCGGCCGCCGUGUGGCCCCUGGUGCUGGUGGGGCUCGCCAGCGCGCUGUCGGAGCUGGCCUGCGACUCCUCGGCGGCGCUGGCGCUGUCGCGGGCGCGGGCGCGGCUGCAGCGCGGCGCGGUGUCGGCGGUGCUGCGCGGGGCCGUGCCCGGCGCGGGCGGCGCCCUGGGGGACACGGCGGGCGCGGUGGCGGCGCGGCUCACCGGGGACGCGGAGGCGGCGCACGCGGCGCUGGCGGACGCGCUGGUGCCGGCGCUGUGGGCGGCGACGCGGGCGGCGGCGCUGCUGGCCGCGGUGGCCUGGCUGUCCCCGGCGCUGGGGCUGCUGACGGCGCUGGCGCUGCCGCUGCUCCUGCUGCUGCCGCGCGCCGUGGCCCGGGUGCAGCAGCGUGACCGCGGUGUGUCCCCGUGUCCCCAGGAGCUGGCGCGGCGGGUGCGCGCGGCCCAGGCCGGCACCACGGCGGUGGCCCUGGAGGCGCUGGGGGCCAUGGGCACGGUGCGGGCCUUCGGGCACGAGGCCGGUGCCACCGAGCGCGUGCGGCGCCACCUGGCACAGGGACACCGGCUGGAGCAGCGGGAGGCGCUGGCAUACGCGGCCGGGCUCUGGGCCAGCGGGUUCCCUGCCCUGGCCCUGAAGCUGGCGCUGCUCUUCCUGGGGGGACGCCUGGUGGCUGCGGGCAGUGUCACCCGUGGGGAGCUGGUCACCAUCCUCAUGUGCCAGCUGAACUUCACCCGGGCUGUGGAGGGUGUCCUGCUGUACGUCCCCAUCCUGGCCAAGUCCGUUGGCUCCUCUGAGACCCUCCUGGAGCUGCUGGAGCAGGCCAAGGUGGGGACACCCGCGGGGCCACCGUCACCUGUGCCACCCCGGAGCUGUGACACCGCACAGGGCGCUCCAGGGCUGUGCCUCAAGGAUGUCUGGAUGUCCUACCCUGGGCGCUCCGAGCCUGUCCUCAAGGGGGUGUCGCUGUCGCUGCGCCCCGGCGAGGCCCUGGCCGUGCUGGCGCCCCCUGGCGGCGGGAAGAGCUCCCUGGCGGCGGCGGCGCUGGGGCUGCGCCCCCUGGCGGCCGGGACGGUGCUGCUCAACGGGACCCCCCUGAGCCCGCGCUCGGAGCCCGCGCUGCGCGAGCAGGUGGCCGGUGUCCUGCAGAGCCCGUCCCUCCUGUCCCGCACCCUCAGGGCCAACAUCAGCCUGGGCUGGGGACACAAGGAGGGGACACCGGUGGUGGCAGCGGCGCGGCGCGUGGGGGUGCACAGCUGGGCCCAGCACCUGCUGCAGGGCUACGACACAGAGGUGGGUCCCCGCGGGCUGCCGCUCUCCGGGGGACAGGCGCAGGGGGUGGCGCUGGCCCGGGCGCUGCUCAGGAACCCCCAGGUGCUGGUGCUGGAUGAGCCCACGAGGGCCCUGGACCCCGUGACGCGGUGCCAGGUGGAGCAGGAGCUGCUGCGCGGCCGCGGGCCGGGGCAGGGCCCGGCGGUGCUGCUGGUGACAUCGAGGGUGGCCCUGGCACAGCUGGCACCGAGGGUGGCACUGCUGGAGGGGGGGCGGCUGCGGGAGCUGGGCAGCGCCGAGGAGCUGGGGAGCGUCCCCUGGGGGACACCGGGGGACAGCCGCUCCGUGCAGCUCUGCGCCCCCCCCCGCGGGCGGUGCCUGCGCUUGCCCCGCCCCCUCGGGCGAGGCCCCGCCCCCGGCGCCGGCGCCGCCCCGGCCCGCGUGUCCCCGCGGCUGCAGCGACCAGGGCCGGUGCGAGCGGGGCCGCUGCCGCUGCUUCCCGGGCUGGAGCGGCCCCGACUGCGGCACGGCCGCCUGCGCGCCCGGCUGGGGCGGCGCCCGCUGCCACAGGUGCCCUGGGUGUCACCCCGCCUGGCCUCCCGCACGCCGACGUCGCUGCGCAUCACCUGGGGCCAGCCCCCGGUGCCACCCGACGGCUACCGGGUGACACUGGUGCCACUGGAUGACCCGGUGGCCAUGACGACGCACGAGCUGCCCAGCUCCGCCGUCGCCUUCUCGGUGACAGGGCUGUCCCCAGGCCGCCCCUUCGAGCUGCUGGUCCAGGCCCGGCGGGGGCCGCACCUGGGGGCACCCGGGGUCCUGCGGCUGCGCACAGGAACGGGGUGA